AUGACUUCAGAACAAGACAGCAAGCCGCUCGGCCAAGAGUUCACCAAGUCGGUGAUUGACGCCACGGGCCCCAACGCCUCGCCGCGGAUGCGCACCGUCAUGACCGCCCUGAUCCAGCACAUCCACGACUUUGCGCGCGAGGUCGACCUCACCAUGGACGAGUGGCUGACCGGCGUCAACAUGAUCAACUGGGCGGGCCAGAUGAGCAACGACCGCCGCAACGAGGGCCAGCUAAUGUGCGACGUGAUCGGACUCGAGUCGCUCGUCGACGACAUCACCGUGCGCGCGGCAACCAAGGCCGGAAAGCCCGCGACGUCGACGGCGAUCCUGGGCCCUUUUUGGCGUGCGGACGCGCCGAUCCGCGAGAACGGCACCACCAUCACGUUUGAUACGCCGAGCGACGGGCAGGUUGCCUUCAUGCACGGCCAGGUCACCUGCGCCGACACGGGCAAGCCGCUCGCCAACGCCAAAGUUGACGUUUGGCAGGCUUCCACCAACGGUCUCUACGAACAGCAGGACGAGAAGCAGGUCGACCACAACCUCCGUGGCGUCUUCGUCACCGACGCCGAGGGCAGGUACUCCUUCUACUGCCUGCGUCCGACGCCCUACCCCGUGCCGAUGGAUGGCCCGGCCGGCAAGCUUCUCAAGCUUCUGGAUAGACACGAGUUCCGACCCGCGCACAUUCAUCUAAUUGUGACUGCAAAUGGGUAUAAGUCCUUGACAACUCAAAUUUUCGACAGCAAGUCCGAAUAUCUCACCGACGAUAGUGUUUUUGCGGUCAAGGAUGGACUGACAGUGGACUUUGUGCCGCGAAAGGAUGACCCCAAGGCGGAGUGGGAUCUUGAGUAUAAUGUCACGCUUGCUGCUGCAUAA